GUUAUUAUACGUUGACGCAAUAUGCCUAUCAGAAAUGUUAUCAGACUUGAUAAAUUUUAUCUAAUGUGUGUAUCAAUACAGAUUACAUGCGUCUAAUAAAAGCGUCUUGAUAUAAUAAACAACUAAAGUCCAACAAAAGUGUCAGUUUGCAAUAGUCUAUAGAAGAAGCAACUAGAAAUCAUGCUGCUGAAAUUACUGAUCGCUGUACUUUGCUUCAACUUUGCCGCUGGUACAGAUGAAAGUGUUCCAAGAGUUAAAACACCAUUAGGAAAACUAAAAGGCUACUACAAAACCUCGCAAAGUGGGAGAAAAUAUGAGGCAUACGAAGGGAUCCCUUAUGCGUUACCACCUAUUGGGAAAUUACGAUUUAAGCCUCCGCAGCCAAUGCCGGCAUGGAUAGGUGAAUUACCGGCUACAAAAUUCAGUUCUGCGUGUAUUCAAUAUGAUCAUAUACCACUACCAGCAACUUCGGAAAAGGUUGUAGGUGCUGAAGAUUGUCUGUACUUAAAUGUUUACGUACCAGUAAGGGAAAAAGAGAGAAAUGGAACUCGAAUGCCAGUAUUAUUUUGGAUUCAUAGCGGAGCAUUCCAAUUUGGUAGCGGCAUGUUAUUUGGUGCUAAAUAUCUAAUGGAUUACGAUGUUAUACUUGUCACAUUUAACUAUCGAUUGGGACCAAUGGGUUUUCUUAGUACGGAAGAUGAAGUACUUCCUGGUAACAUGGGUCUGAAAGAUCAAAGUAUGGCACUUCGUUGGGUAUCGGAGAACAUCGAAUGGUUCGGUGGCGACCCGCAGAAAGUGACCUUAGUUGGUUUAAGUGCUGGCGGUGCAAGCGUGCAUUAUCAUUAUUUAUCGCAACUCAGCGCGGGCCUCUUUCAAAACGGCAUAUCGUUUAGUGGUACAGCGCUUACUUGUGCGGCACAAACUGAGAAUUCUUUAGAAAAAGCCAAAAAACUAAGUGCUUUGAUGGGAUGCCCAACAACUACCUCCAGAGAUAUGAUACGUUGCAUGAGAUAUCGUCCAGCUCGCGCGAUUGUCCAGGCUUCAAGUGAAUUUAUGCCGUUCUUAAAGACUCCCUUCGCCCCUUUUGGUCCGGUGGUAGAGAGAUUUGGCACUGAAGCACCUUUCAUUGAUAAAACGCCUGUUGAAAUCAUAAAUAGCGGAAAUGUUCAGGAUGUACCCUGGAUUACGGGAAUAACGAGUGAAGAAGGCCUUUAUCCUGUAGCUGAGUUUAUCAACAACGAUGAAAAUCUGAAACUGUUGAACGACAAUUGGGAUGACCUCGCACCGCACUUCCUUGAUUUUAAUUAUACUAUUCCCAAAGACAAACACGUCGAGAUUGCUCGUCUUAUUAAAAAACAUUACUUUGGUACAAAACCGAUAGAUCGACACAGUACGAAAGAACUUAUACAAAUGACAAGUGAUCGUUUUUUCGUGGUCCCUGGCGAGAAAUCUGCGCGAAUGCAAGCCAAAGCAAAUCAAAGUCCAGUCUGGUUCUAUUAUUUCAGUUAUAGAGGAGCGCACAGUUUGAGCGAUGUUUUAAGCAGUACCACUGAAAAUUAUGGAGUUGCUCACUCUGACGACGUAUUCUACGUGUUAGAUACUCCAUAUGUAGAUCCAACAACAACGCAAAAGGAUCGUGAUAUGCAGAAACAGUUAAUCAAUUUUUGGGUAUUGUUUGCCACAGAGGGGAUUCCGAAAGUAGGCAAUGUGGAAUGGCCAAAAUUAGAUCCUUUGAAGAAAGAAUUUCAUUAUUUACAUAUAGCUAGUCCUGAUAAGAUUAACAUGGAAAGUUGUACUAAUUUUGGAGAAAAAGAAUUCUGGAAUUCGAUAAAUUUUAAUGAGAAUGUACUGGAACGCACAACUAGAAUGAGUAAAGAAGAGCUUUAAAUAAUAAUAAAAAAAAGGCAAACAUCUUUUCUUAAAUUUGAAUAUAAACUUACAUUUUAUAUUAUUAAUUUUUUAAACGUAAAUUUAUGUCAAUUUUUAUAAGCUAAAAAAUAAUCUUAAAGUUUGAACUAUAAUACAUCUGACAAUUUUUUACAACUGUUAUGUCAUUCUGUACUUUCAUCAUCACUUUGUUAAAUACUACCCUCCUUUUUUCUAUAUAGAUCACAUAAUAUUUGCUGUACAUGUAAAAGAAAUAAAUUCUUGAAAGUAAUGACAAUAUUUUUUUUACAUUAUUAUCUUAAAUAAAGUAAUUAUAAAGAAAUUUAUAUAAAUUAAUAGAAUAAAAUUAUAUAAAGUAAAUCCACAUGCAUUCACGUAUAUUUUAUGCACAAUUUAUAUAAAAGAGCAAUUCUAUUAACACAUAUCUGAAUAUAUUAAUUAUAAGAGUGAAGGUACAUAGGGCAGGGGAAAAAGGACACAGAAAUUCAACCGGCCUCGCGUUGACAAACUAAUUACAAUUUUUUGCUAAUAGUGGUUAAAUAAAAGAUUUAUAUAUAACUACUAUGAAGCUGUCGCUAUAAUUAUUUUUUAUAUAAUUAAGAUUAUAUAACGAUCAAAUAUGCCAUACCGACUAGUAACAUUUGCAUAGGUAAAUGAGAUGAUAUAU